AUUACGUUGCAAAACGACGGGUAUAUAAAAGAUAACUAUGUAUGUAUGUCUAUGUGCCUUAAAAUGCCAAGGUAACACAACUUUUUUGAAGGGCCGAGGACCAGAAUCCUUCCUGUACCUCAAGUCACCUCUUGUUCUUCCGUUAAUAUUGAAAAAUGCAGCUUUUUAAGUUGCUAUCCAAAACCAAAUCUUCUUCUCAUCUGCUAAACUUCAUUUUGAUCUCAUCUUCUGUUUGUCUCACCUUUAUUAUUGCGUCGGUAUUCUUAGUCCACAACGCGAAGCCGCCUCCACAUGUAUAUUCUUCCCCCCAAGAUGUUCAUGCACCGACUGCUAUGGAACAUAUUGUUUUCGGGAUUGCUUCAAACCGGAAAUCAUGGCCAAAACGAAAGGAGUAUGUGAAACUAUGGUGGAAGCCUCGUCAAAUGCGUGGAUGUGUGUUUCUUGAAAGCAUGCCCCCUAAUGCAACUUCAAGGGAUGAUAACAGUACUCUGCCUCCAAUAUGCAUCUCUGAGGACACUUCAAGGUUUCGUUACACUUACAGAGGAGGUCUCCGAUCUGCAAUUCGCGUGGCACGCGUAAUUUUAGAGACCGUUGCCCUUAAUCAUUCUAAUGUACGAUGGUACGUUUUUGGGGAUGAUGACACCGUGUUCUUUCCAGAGAAUUUGGCAAAGACACUUUCCAAAUACGACCAUCGGCUUUGGUACUACGUUGGAACGGGCUCGGAGAUAUAUGAACAGAACAGGGUGUUCGGCUUUGGAAUGGCAUUUGGUGGAGCAGGCUUUGCUAUAAGUUAUCCUCUGGCUAAAGUUCUGGCCAAAGUUUUUGAUUCCUGUAUAGAUCGAUAUCCUCAUCUGUAUGGAAGUGAUUCCAGGGUCUACUCUUGCUUGACAGAGCUUGGUGUUGGAUUGACACGCGAGCCUGGCUUUCAUCAGUUUGAUGUCCGGGGUAAUACAUUUGGUUUGUUGGCUGCCCAUCCGUUGACACCCCUGGUAUCCCUCCAUCACAUAGAUCACAUGGACCCAAUCUUCCCUAACAUGACGGGUAUUAAGGCAAUGGAACAUUUACUUGAGGCUGCAAAUGUUGAUUCUCAGAGAAUUUUGCAACGAACAGUCUGCUAUGAUCGUUGGUUUUCAUGGACGAUUUCGGUGUCAUGGGGUUAUGCUGUUCAAGUGUAUGGCAAACACAUAUAUUUACCAGAUGUUCUCCCUGUGCAAGAAACAUUCAGGCAGUGGAAGAAGGGAACUGGUUUAGCAGGAGUCUACACUUUUAACACGAGGGAAGUCCACCCAGCUCCUUGCCAGAGACCCACAACUUUCUUUUUGGACAGUGUAUCUUCUAGUAAGGCUGGAAUUAAGAGUGUUUACAGGCAAUCUUAUGAAAAUUGCACAAUUGACAUGGGUUCAUCAAGGAAAUUUGAAGAAAUCAGAGUCUCCACAAAGAAGCUAGACCUCAAUUAUAACCAGAUGCAGGCACCGAGAAGGCAUUGUUGCGAUGUGUUACCUUCCACAUCUGGCAAACUUUUGGACAUUGCAAUAAGGGAAUGCAGAGACGAUGAACUAAUUUACAUGCAUCCAUAGAUUUCAGACUUCAAGUAAUGCUUAUGGUUAAUACGACCAAUACCAUCGACAUAAAGAUCAUCAAGGCAUUACUAAUUAAUCUUGCAUAUCAAGAUAGUUUUCCCAAAUGUUAAUACAAUACCAGGAUCUGCAAGUCAUAAGGACAGAGCCCCUUCGAUUCUGCAUUAGAUUCAGUUUCCAUCUGUAAUGGCAUGCUCGGAAAGUUGAAGGGAUCCGUUGUGUGGGUUGGACACGAUCUACUGCUGAAAGUUCAAGCAUGGUCUUCACUUUUCCAGAUUUUGAGGGAAAGAGGGAUGGGAAGUUUCCUAGGAAGAAAUGUAGCUGUGGUCUAAAAGAAGAAUCAAACAGACAACAUCACAGAGUUGGCAAUCCUGUAGCAUGUUGAGGAACUUGUGAAUUACUCAAAGGAAAUUCGUUUUUUCAAUUGUUUCUUCUCGUUAGUAUUAUACUUUUUCUUUUUUGGUACGCAUCUUGAAAUUAACAAUGCCAUUUGCCCUAGUAGAAAUUACAGAAUAAAGCAAGAAGCAAAAAAAGGGAAGAUAUCUCCAAAAAUUUAUGCCCUUUUUGAACUUUGCAGUCUGUACUUUUGGCGUUGGUAGUUUGGGAGUGUUAGACAUAGAAAUUGCAACUUCUUUUGGUAUAAUAAAAGCUAGA